AGUACAUUUGUAAAAAUAAAAAAAAAAUGUACGCAGGCAGGAUGAUAGUUUAGGACUCUAGGUCUAGAAUUUUCGUCCUGUUUGGUUUGGUGUAUUGGGUUUUAUAACUUGCGGGUUCUGCGAGGGUUUAAAGGUUUCUGUUCUGAAUUCAUCUCUGUUCAUGGCUUUCUUCUCUGGAGUUCAACGCUUUCUUCGUCAGUCCUCACAUAACCUCACUUCGGUUCGUCUCUGUUCAACAACUCUCACUACCCCCAAACUUUUCAUCAGCGGUCUUUCAAGACAGACGACCGAUCGAAAACUUAAUGAAGCAUUUGCUCCUUUUGGACAGCUGAUCGAAGCUAAGGUGAUAACUGAUAGAGCCUCUGGAAGAUCCAAAGGUUUCGGUUUUGUAUCUUACGCGAGCAUAGAAGAAGCUGAAAAGGCAAGAAAAGGAAUGAAUGCUAAGUUUUUGGAUGGAUGGGUUAUAUUUGUUGAUCCUGCCAAACCAAGAGAGCCUAGACCUCCUAUGCAGUCAGAGUCGCAGCAGCCCUCUGAAACUGGUUUCACAGUUAACAAGACGGUUGGUUGGUGUGGUUGAUGAUUGAAGAGACUUUGGUAAUUUUCACGUCGCUGGGAUGAUUUUUAAGGACUAUUUAUAACUCAACUCAGAUAAGUAUACUGCAAUUUGUUGUGAAAUUUUUGUAUCAGUCAGCUCACUCAUGAUUGAUUAUUGGACUUCAGCCAUAAGGCAUUAUUAUUUUUUGAAAAUUUUGAUGUCCAUUGGAAGUUAA